AUGUUACUUGACACUGUAGCUAAAACUAUUAUUGGUGAAAAAGCUGACACACUUUGGGAUGGGUCAUAUGCUGAGAUCGAAGACCCAAAUAUUCUGCCUAUUCCAAUCAAAAACUGUGUUGGAAAAUCCUUUUGUUUUGGUAUUUCCAUCGCAAAUGAUAAUGUAGCCAACGGUUCUGAUACCUUUAAGGUCUCUGAGGUCUGGUCUGGAGAUCACAUUCAUAGAAUAGAAUCACUUUCAGAACCAGUAUCUCUGAUUGAGACCAAUUCAUCUACACUCUCAACCGGCGAGGUGCGUUUGAUUGAUUAUAACAUAGAGAGUUCAUCAGAUGUUUCAACACCUUUCUCCAAGCGUAAGGAAGGAGAUGCUGAGCUUAGUGACAUGAAUUCUACAUCUAAGAAGCUUCGUGCUCAGAGCAUCAAGGUGGAGAAGAUUAAGGAAGAUUAG